AAUGAAACUAGUUCUGUCUAAGCGGAUGAGAAUGGCUGAGAGUCGGGAACUGUUCGACUGCUCCAUCUGUUUACAGUUACUGGAGGAUCCGGUGACGACCACCUGUGGACACAGUUACUGUAUGAAAUGUGUCAACGCCUUCUGGGAUAGUAAUAACGACAGGGGAAGGAGGUUCAGCUGCCCUCAGUGCAGGCAGACUUUCUUCCCGAGGCCUGUUCUGAAGAGGAACAUGCUUCUGGCUGCCCUGAUCGAGGAACACAAGGAGGAAAACGAUCCGAAUGCUGCAGCUGGUGACACCUAUGCUGACCCUGGUGAUGUGCAGUGUGACGUCUGCACGGGGAGAAAAAGAAAAGCCUCCAUGUUCUGUCUGGUGUGUUUGGCCUCUUACUGUGAGACUCACCUGAAGCCUCACUAUGAAGUGGCGCCUCUGAAAAAACACAAACUGAUUGAGGCCUCUGCACAGAUCAGAGACAGCAUCUGUGGCCGCCAUGACAAACUCCUGGAGAUUUACUGCCGCACCGAUCAGCAGUUCAUCUGCCUGCUGUGUCUGAUGGGUGAGCACAAAGGCCACAACACUGUGGCAGUGGCAGAGGAAAAGUGCCACAUGCAGAAACAACUGGAGCGGACCAAAGAGGAGAUCACCGACAGAGUGGAGAAGUCAGAGAGGGCGAUGGAAAAACUGAGGAAGGCUGCGGACCUCAUAAGAGGUGCAGCAUGGGAAGCGUGUGACGACUUUGAGCGACUGUGUGCAGAACACACCCGUCUAUACGUUCGCUCUGUGGAGAGGAAGUGCGCCGAGAUGAGAGAGAAAGUUGGAGAAGCAGAGAAAGCCGGAGUGGACUGGACCGACGGUCGGCUCGGGCGGCUGCAGCGUGAAGUGCUGGAGCUGAGGAGGAGAAAGGAUCAAAUCGACCGGCUGACACUAACAGAGGACCCCAUUCAGUUUCUGCAGGGUUUCCAUGUGCUGGAUCACCUCCCUGCAUUCACAGACUCACAUGAAAGUUUUGACACGCUGACAGAGUUUGUCACUGCACAGAAAAAGAAACUGAAAAACAUGUGCGACAGAGAAAAGAAUGAACUGUUCAGUCAUUCUGAAAACAAUCUGUUGUCAGAAGGACCAAGGCUGCAUGAGGAAAUCCCAUCAAGGACAUACCUGCAGAACAAAUAUAAGAACUUCAGAGUGGAGGUGGAUCCCGACACAGUCGCUGGGUGUCUUUGCUUGUCUGAUAGAAACAGACAGAUAUCGUGGAGUGCUGUGGACCAGGCUCACCCUGAUCACCCUGACAGAUUCACCUUCCAUCCCCAGGCUCUGUGCAAAAUGGGCCUGCAGAGGAGCUGCUACUGGGAGGUGGAGUGGGAUGUGGGCGUUGUUGAUUUAGCCGUGUCGUACAAAGGCAUCAAGAGAAAGGGCUCAGGCAACGAUUGCUCUUUUGGUCACAAUAAGGUCUCCUGGAAACUGACCUGCUCCCCGUCCGGCUGCACGUUUUGGCACAAUAAUCUUCACAAAGGUCAAAUCCCUCCGGUUCACUCCCGCAGAGCGGGUGUACACCUGGAUUACAGAGCAGGAACACUGCGCUUCUUCAGUGUUUCUGAUGGAGGCAGGUUCGAUCUGCUGCACCAAAUCCAGACCAGCUUCACUGAACCUCUCUAUCCUGGGUUUUCUGUAAAUUUAGGAGCAACACUGAAAAUAUGCGACAUCUAAGAUCCGUUUAAACUGCUUCAUCUUGGUCUGUUCAAACAUGUUUACCAAGAAGUAUGAGCUGAUGUCCCUCAAAACAUGUUUCUAUUUGUUGUCUUUCUACUUGUCAAGCAGUUUUGAGGCAGUUAAAUAUGAACAAUUUGACAGAUUCCAACAUUUCUACAAUGUUUAACCUGAAACACAGCAGUACAACAUUUGCAGCCUGACAUCAGAGGAAAAUGGCUGCCGUGUGAAUAUGGUCUACUGCAGUAAACUCUAUAUUUUUCCAUUUUAAGACUUCUUCUUCAUGCUGUGCAGGAUAAUAAUCUUGCUUCAAGCCUAAAAACUUUCACACAGUGUGAAUCUUCAAAGUGCCUUUUAAAAGACUUCUGAUUGAUUGAUGAGAAUUGAUUGAUAUUAUCGGAACAUGUCGGCUGUGCCACGAUGUGUUUAGGUUGUGGAUUCAUGGAAUGGAAUUUAUUCUUUGCUGUGUUUUAAUCCUCAUUAAUCGUAACUACUGCUGCUCUUACUCUGAAGUUUCAAUCAUCAAAAAACUCAAUCAGGCAGACUGACUUUGCUUUGGUUUAAUAAGCGCAAAUAAAGCUCUGUGCAUUUAAAAUGA